AUGUCACGGAUUGGCCUGCAAGGCGUCGUUCUUUGGAAUUUGGUUUUAACGACUACCUGGAUUGCGCUUGGUUUUGAGGGGAGUGCUGCGGUUGAACGGCCGGUGCAUCUUGGGGUGUUGGUGCUUGGGGCUUGUGGGGGGUUUUGGUGGGUUAGAGGACGGGUGAGAAAUGAUGCUGUGGAUGGACAUGCGAAAGAUCAGGAUGUUGCGAAUGGGCUUUUGAAAGAUCGUGAAGAGGAGGUUGAAGAGCCAGGAACUGGUCGGUUUGAGCGGGGUGGGAGGGGUUGGCUGAGGGGUUUGAGGGCGGUUCGAUACCGAUUGCGAAAUUUUAGAUGGGGGAAUCUAUUACCAGGAGCUUUGGUGGUAGCUGUGGAUCUGCGAAUAUUGCUAUCCCGGAGUAUCGUACAGCAUGUGGAAUGUUCUUGGGAUGGAGUUAAGAUCUUCCUUCCACUCCUCCUCUCCCUCCUCGAAUUGCUUCGCACAGGCACGACCCCUCGAUCGCGAUUUUCUUCUUCCUCCAGCCGAUCGCACCCUUUUCGAUACGUAUUUUUGGUUGCGCUUUGGGCGUUGUCAGCAUAUGGGACUAUUUCAAUGUCUGCCCAACGUUCAACAUACAUAUGCCCGAGACGAGACCCAUGGACUUCUGCUACCCCGGUAUUCCAAUGCCUAGAGUUGCUGAUAGACGCGGGAAUUAUCACUGGUGUCGCCAAACUCGUACAAGACGCUGGAUCCUUGCGCAAGUCGUCGAAAGCACUAAGUCGAUCUGCCUUGGCAUCUUGUUCAAUUCUCGGCAUCCUCACAACCGCCUUUCUCUGGAAAUAUCCUGAAAAUAUGGACUGGUCGCUGGAUCUCAGUCAUAAGGUCAUCUUUGAUUUGAUUUUUGCUGCCAUGUUAUGUACUAAUUUUAUCGGCUCUGUAGCUUAUUUAAUGGCUGAGCUUCGACCUACGACAAUCUUCAGUAUUGCGAGUUUUGUGUCGCUCUAUGUUUACAAUUUUUCUAUAAAAAAUCAAAUCGCCAUUUUUCCAACGAGCACUCAAAGAUAUCUUAUGAAUAUGGGCAUGAUUGGAUUUGUGUCUAUAAUUGGCGUUGUUCAUAUGGAAAGUUCCGCUUCAAGAUCUCAACAACAUUUAGCUUUGAAUCGCAACUCAUUGAGGACGGUGAUAGUGUUAUGUAUCUUCAUGUUGAUAGCCACAGCACUUUCAGUGGUCAACUUGGCGUUGUAUCCUGGAAAUAUUUGGCAGAAACAUCCCGUUGAGGUCCUGAUGGCCAAUGCUCGUGCUUCCUCAGAUCAAUGGAUAAGUCAAGCUUCAUCGAGCAAAUCAUUGAAAGAGGCCGUCGUGGAGUAUGAGGCAAGAUAUGGCAUUCCACCUCCACCAAAUUUUGAUAAGUGGUACGAAUUUGCAACUGCCAAAGGAUCUUUGAUCAUCGACGAUUUCAACCAAAUACACAACGAUCUGCUGCCAUUUUGGGGUAUCAAACCCUCACAAAUCCGACAAAUGACCAGCCAUGUCGUUGAAAGACCAUGGACAGAAUUGGCAGGAUUACGUAUAUCCAAUGGCACCGCACUUAUUGGACCACAUGUUCCAGGCACACAUCGCUGGAUGUUGGAUGGCACCUCAGGGAUGAUUAAUGUCUUCGCCAAAUGGCUUCCCGAUAUGGAUCUGGCCUUCAACAUCAACGAUGAAUGCCGCGUCGCUAUUCCAUGUGGAGGAAUGCAAGAUCACCAGAAAGCCGCAAAGCUAGCGAGAGAACAGUUUGACAAAUCUCGGCUUCUCAAAACGUUUACCACGAAUGAAUGGUCGAACCGAUUCAUGGCAACCGAUCCACCAUUUCCACCUGAUAUGCCUUCUGAGCACUUCAUCCAAGCAUCAUUCAAAUCCGCCUUUGAAGACUACAGCAUAAUAUCCUGUCUACCUCAAUCCUCCGCCCGCACCGUCACGCACUGGAACAAGAAAUCCAUUCACGCCCCGUCAGUGAACCCUCAUACCUACGGCCCGUUUCUAAGCAACUGGACCCUCUCCGCCUCUCCCUGCCACCAACCCUCCCUCGCCCACCUCCACGGCUUUCAUCUCUCACCAUCCGCCUUCAAACCCACGACCUCCCUCUUCCCUGUCUUCUCACAGUCAAAAAUGCAAUCUUUCUCCGACAUCCUCUUCCCCAGCCCAUGGAAUUACAUGGACAAAGUCUCGCACGACCCCGCUACCGACAUCGCUUUCAACGAAAAGAACAAUACGCUAUUCUGGCGUGGCGCCACAAGUGAAGGCUACGCCAUUCACAGCAGUUGGAGAGGCAUGGUUCGUCAACGCUUCGUCCAUCUCGUAACAUCCAUCACAAACUCCACCGCCAUCCAACUCCUCCUCCCCUCAACCCACGGCUUCUCACCCUUUAACAUCCCCUUUUCCUCAAUCGUCACGAAAAUGAACGUCUCCUUCGUCAACGAACCCACCCGCUGUCACCACCCCGAUUGCGUCUCUCAAUCCAUCAACCUCCCAUUCGACAAACCCGUCGACUUCCAAAACCAUUGGCAGUAUCGCUACCUUUUUGACACCGAUGGAGCGGGCUUCAGUGGUCGCUUUUUACCGUUUUUGAGGUCCAACAGCGUGGUGAUUAGGAGUGCGGGAUUUCGACAGUGGUUCGAGGAGAGGGUGGAGCCGUGGAGGCAUUACGUGCCUGUUGAUGGGGGACUAGACGGGUUGUGGGGUGUGCUGGGCUGGUUUGGUGGUGUGAGGGGAGGGGAAGGAACGGAAGGGGGUUUUGUGGGGGAAAAAGAUGGCGGAAAGCAGAUUGCGGAGGAGGGAAAAGAGUGGGGUGGGAAGGUGCUGAGGAAGGUUGAUAUGGAGGUUUAUAUGUUUCGGUUGUUGCUUGAGUGGGGGCGGAUUGUGGAUGAUGAGAGGGGGAGGUUGGGGUUUGCGCUUUAA